AUCACUACGGUCGCAAACUAAAUUGUACCAUUCAACAUUUGCUUAGUGUUAACGAUGUACUUCAUCAAUAACGAGGACUUUGUGGAGCAGGAAUAUAUUAUUAAAAAUGGGGUCAAAACUGUGAUGACCAUUAGCCAACUCUUUGGAGCAGCUCCGUACCCCACAGAACGGAUAUUGCAUCGGGAAUGGAAACUGAGUUCUACCCAAAAAAUUUUCAAAAUUUUUCAAAUUUUAUGGACAAUUACUCUUUUUGGGACCUUUUGCUAUUGUACUCGGUCUAUAUUUUCAAAAACUUUAGAUCAUGAAGUUUCCUUCUCUAUGAUCCUAUUUCGUUUGCAGUUUGUGCACCUUUUCGUAACCAUGUCUAUGGUUAUGAUUGUUUUUCAGAUAAAUUUGUCAAAGUAUCAAAUGUUUGUUGAGUCCAUACGAUCUCUUGUUCAGGGCAUUCCUUUGAACAAAGUACAACUUAUAGUUGAAACAUCAGUUCUUAGGCACCGAAGAUUAGUUUUAGUCUUGAGUGUCAGUGUUUUGUUGUUUUUAUUUUUUCAGUUUUACACUGACAAUUCAUACUCUUUAAGUUUUGUAGCUGUUGGAUAUUCUUUUAUUCCCGAAUGGAUGCUGAUAUUAGCCAUAACCCAAUUCACAUUCUUUGCAACGAUGUCACUCGAAACUUGUAAAGUAAUGAAUGAAAUAGUUAUAGAUUUAAUUGAAAAACAAAACCUCUCGAAAUCGAAGAAAAUUUCUUACACGUUAGAUAUUAUACGUUACAAAAUGUUAACCAUCAAAACAUUGCUAUUCGAUUUGGGCCGUUUAAAUGGAGUGCUAAUUGUCAACACAGUUUUGGGCAACAUUACUGGAUCGGGUUUAGAGCUCUUAGAAAUCUAUCAGUAUUUUCAAGAACCCAAUUAUUCCACGAACGAAGUUGUAUACUUCUUGUACACUGUGCUGUAUUUGAUUUUCAUGUUGCUUGAAGUCUUGUUAUGCCUUUUCCCUUUUCAUUUGGUACACAAAGAGAUAACAAAAAUGGGCCUUAACUUGUGCAACGUCAAUAACAAACAGCUGUUUGAAAUGUCUGAUCGAUUCUCCCAACAAAUUCUCGUUCUGUGCAAAAAACCUGUUUUAUGUGGCAUAGUUUCAUUGGAUAUGCGAAUAGGUGUUACGAUCGUUGCAACAUUAACCACAUAUUUCAUCUUGAUGAUUCAAUCCAAAGAUGUCGCCGAACGAUCCUUGAUCUCGUUUUGAACAGUUAAAAUUUACAUCUUUGACUGGGAUUUCUUCGAGUGGAAAUGUAGAACUG